CAGUGGCCAGAGGGUGAGGCCAGGAGUGUUGGGGCAGGGUGAGCCCAUCCCCACCCACUUAGUGCUGACCCAGAGCCCUCCUUCCAUCAGCACAGGAGCGCUACUUAUAAUCCCUGGUCUCUGGUGAAUCUAGGACACAGGGUGGUUGGGGGAAUGGAGCUGGUGCGAGGGUCUGCCCGUCAGUUCUUAACUGUGAUACUCUCAGAGACUUUGCCAUAGUCCCCCUGACAACUGCUCACUCGAUCACACCUGCCUCAACUACAGAAGUCUGAGCUGUCCCAGAAGUACCAGGUGGGGGCAAUGCCAUCGGCAGGAAAGGAGGCCAUACACCAGCUGUUGUCUGAAAAGGACCUGCCUCAGUACUGAAGCUUAUACCAGGACUUUUAUAUACGAGAUUCUUGACAAUCAAAGCCUGAUGAGUGUAUGGCAGGGCCCCUGCGUGGAAGGGUAAGGACAUUGAAGGCAGGGAGGCUCAGCAAUGAAGAGAGAGGCGGCACGGAGUGUCCAGAGAUCAUUUAAGAAACAAAUUGGGGAGACCUGUCAGCAUUUUUCUUGCCUACAGCCCUGGAUGAAUGACACUGAGGACUUCCCAUUCCUAGAUUCUGCACUGCAGAAGCAGGCAAUGGAUACGAAGAAAAGGAAGAAUUUGAAGAAAAAAGUGGAGUGGAAGAAGGAGAAGCAGCAGAAGCUCAUGGAAAAGUCAGAAGACCCAGAGCAGUCAGGUGCCGAGCACCCAGCCUCACUGCGGCAGUGCCUGGGGCCUGACUGUGUGCACCCCACCCGGCCAGGCUCCAAGUACUGCUCGGACGACUGUGGCAUGAAGCUGGCAGCUGACCGCAUCUAUGCGAUCCUGCCCAAGCGCAUCCAGCAGUGGCAGAAGAGCCCUUGCAUUGCUGAGGAGCAUGGCAAGAAAAUGCUCGAGCGCAUCCACCGUGAGCAGCAGGACACCCACACCCGCCUGAAGGACUUAGAGUGCCAUUUCCAUGAACUUGAGGCCAUCAUUCAGCGUGGCAAGCAGCAGGCUGUGUGCAAAGAUGAAGAGAGUGACAAGCAUGGCAGGAACAGCGUCAACCUGCAGAUCUUCUGUGUCUCCUGCGGGCAACCCAUCAAUACACAGGUUGCCCUGCGCCACAUGGAACGCUGCUUCGCCAAGUAUGAGCGCAAAUCGCCCUUCACGUCCAUGUACCCCACUCGCAUUGAGGGAGCCACAAGGCUCUUCUGUGAUGUUUACAACCCACGGAGUAAGAGGUACUGUAAGCGACUCCAGGUGUUAUGCCCUGAGCACUCGAAGGACCCCAAGGUACCGGAUGAAGAAGUGUGCGGUUGCCCACUAGUGAAAAACGUCUUUGAGCCCACCGGUAAUUUCUGUUGCCUCCCCAAACGCUUGUGCAAUCACCACUACUGCUGGGAGAAGCUGAGACGUGCCGAGGUGGACCUAGAGCGCGUGUGCAUGUUGCUCAAGCUGGAAGAGCUGGUUGAGCAGGAGCACAAGGUGCGCACAGCCAUGAAGAAUCGGGCAGGGCUGCUGGCCCUGAUGCUUCAUCAGACAACCCAGCAUGACCCGCUCACCACUGACCUACGCUCCAGAGUAGACAGCUGA